AUGGCAGAAGGUUUGGUUCAAGAAACAAAAACAACCAAGUCGAUGGAAGAGAUUGGUAGUGAGUAUUUUCGUGAUCUACUUAUGAGAUCGUUUUUUCAACGAUCAAACAGUAAUGAGUCACUCUUCGUCAUGCAUGAUCUCAUCAAUGAUAUAGCUCAAUUGGCGGCAAGAGGCUCGUGCUAUAGAUUGGAAGAUACAGUGGGUGGUAAGCAAUCCGAAAUUUCUACAAAGACGCUGAUAUUGAAAGGUUGUUCUCAUCUCACAACGUUACCAAAGAAAUUUGGGAAUCUAGUCAAUCUUCGACAUCUUGAUAUUUCAUAUGUGAAUUCAAUCAAAGAGAUGCCAAUAGGAAUAGAAGAAUUAAAGAGCCUACAAACGGUAUCUAAUUAUGUUGUGGGGAAAGAUACUGGAUCGAAGAUUGGAGAUUUAAUGAACUUGGAGUUUCUUCAAGGAAGACUUUGUAUUUCAAACUUGGAGAACGUGCUUGAUGUUGAGAAUGCAAGAAAGGCCAAUUUAAAUGGUAAGAAGAGUUUAGAUUCAUUGGUGAUGAAAUGGGAGGUAGAUGAUUUACAGGAUGGAACAAUUGCAGAAGAUGUUCUUAACAUGCUAAAACCUCAUAGAACAGUGAAAACACUUUUCAUUGAAGGUUAUGCUAGUGUGAAAUUCCCAAUGUGGUUAAGAGAUCCUUUCUUUCCUAAUAUGGUGGAGCUAAGGGUUGAAAGAUGUGGAAAAUGUGUGUCCUUACCUGCUAUAGGACAACUACCCUUUCUCAAGCACCUUGUCAUUACAAGAAUGGCCAAGAGAGAUAUGCAAGAGUGGCAAGAUUGGAUUCCUUGCAAGGUUGAUUAUGAAAAAUUCCCUUGCUUGCGUGAGCUUUCUAUCUCUCGAUGCCCCAAAUUGCAAGGAAAAUUGCCCUGCAAUCUCCCAUUGUUGGAAAAAUUUUCUAUUCAUAAUUGUGAGCAGUUGGUUGUUUCAAUCCCAAGCCUUCCAAUGCUUCAUAAAUUUGAAAUUGUGGGAUGCAAAGAGGUGAACAUAAGCAAAUUUGAGUUAUACUUGCCAAAGUUGAUGGUUCUUUAUAUUCCAGAUCUGAAAAGCUUGAUGGAGGAUUUCAUGCCUGGAUUAGCAAAGGUAGAAAAUCUGACAAUAAGGGAUUGUAAAGAGUUAUCUCUCUGGCAAGAUAGGCUGAAUUCCCUUAUAACACUAGAUAUUAGAUCAAGCCCAAGUCUGGUCAACAUCAACUACUUGAUGUCUACUUUAAGGAUACUAAGAAUUGGAGAUUGUAAUGCUUUGAAAACCUUGCUGAUGUCUAAUUGUACAUGUCUGGAAUAUGCAACUAUUGAGAAAUGCGAUUCUUUGACAUUCAUUUCAAGAGGAAAGUUACUUCCAACUUUGAAAAGGUUAGAGAUAAAAUAUUGUGAAAAAUUGCUGUUUGUGGUAGAUGAGGAGGGAGAGGCUUCUUCUUCUUAUCCUUCUUUAUUGAUGAACAAGGAGAAUCUUUGCAGCAACAGUUACAGCUAUGGGUCUCUUCUUGAGCACUUGGAGAUUAGUGAUUGCCCAUCCCUAAAAUGCUUAUGGGACUUCCCUACCAUGCUUAAACACCUUGAGAUUCAUGAUUGCUUAGAGCUGACAUCCUUGUCAUCAAGAAACCAGUUACCUACAGCCCUUAAACGUCUUGUUGUAAGGAUUUGUCCAAAACUGGAGUCAGUAGCUGACAAGUUACAUAAUAAUGCGUCUCCUGAACAUCUUGAAAUCUGGAAUUGUGAAAAGCUUAAAUCCUUACCUGAGGGCCUACACAAACUCUACCAUCUCAAUAAAAUCGACAUAUGGGGCUGUUCUAGUCUUGUUUCCUUCCCGGAUGGAGGGACAUUCCCCACCAUCCUGAGAGAGCUUUCAAUAUCAAAUUGUGAGAAACUAGAGGCCUUACUUAACAAUAAGGGAAUGUCCAAGCAUCAUAUCCUUUCCAGAAGAGGGUUACCCUACCAACCUAACAUCACUUUCAUUGAGUGGGAUGAAUAUUUGUAAGCAAGUGUUAUUUGAGUGGGAUUAUUGCAUAGACUCAUGUCUCUUAGAGAUCUCUGGAUUGAUGUUGAUGGUGGAUUUCCGGAUUGGAAGUCGUUUCCAGAGGAGGAAGAUGGGAAAUUAAUGAUGAUGAUGCCUAGCUCUCUCACCACCCUCUGGUUUUGUGAUUUUCCAAAUAUAGUAUUUCUAUCCUCGGAGGGAUUUCAAAAACUCUCUGCUCUUGAACAGUUGUGGAUCUGGUUUUGCCCUAAACUUGCAUCCCUCCCAGACAAGGGUCUGCCUCCUUCACUUCUAGAACUUGAUGUUAUUGGGUGUCCAAUUCUGAAAAAACACUGCAAGAAAAGCAAAGGGCGAGAGUGGUUCAAGAUUGCCCACGUCCCUCGCGUUCAGAUUGAUGGCAGGUCUGUCUAUGAGUUGGAAGAAGAGGAGCUAUAAUUGUGUAAAACAGAGACGAAAGGAAGUCUAGAUAUAUACUUCUUCCAGGUUAGGAAACAUGGUUUGGGACAUGAUGAUCAGUGGAUGUGCACAUAAUGCUGGCUGGAUUUUUAAUACUAUGCCCCAGGAGGCUGUCAUUUCAACCAAAGAUUAUGAUUUGCACAGAUAAUGGAUGCAUUGUCAUCUUUGCUGCAGUUGGCAGUUAUUCCAUAAAUGUAAUCCACUCUUUGGGCUAUUUGAAAAUGCAAGAAUGUGACCACGUUUGAAGGGAAGGUUGUCAGUGCUUCUCAAGCUCUUAACUACUGCAGCCAUAUGAUCACGAUUUGUCAAGGUCGUGGGUGCAACUGGAUAUGGUUUGUUAAUUGUUGAUUGUCAGGUGUGGCAAAUGCAGAUCUUCGUGGAAGGUAGUACCAACAGAAAGAGUUUCUGAAAUUGAAUGAAAAGAAGCAGCCUAGCUAUUUGUAAGGAUACAUCCUCUAACACAAGUGAAUUUAUAGAUGAGUAAAGAAGGCAUUCUGGUUUCAAGGCGCAAACAACCAAUGAACUUUUCAUGUGUUCAUGCAAGUUUUUUCAUUGGUCAUUCAAGCUAAAGGAGGUUAACCAGUUAUCAUAGAUGUUCAGAACCAGUGAGAACAUGUAAAUGGCAAAGCAAUUCAACUCACUUGGCAAAUCUGGUGAUUACAAUUAUUUUUCAUCGUCAUUUCAAUUUAGGCAUUUGCAAUUCCUUCAACAGACUUUGCAAAGCAAGAACUUCGUAAUGCCAUAACACUUUCUCUUUUCCUUGUGUGGUUUCCCUGCCCUUCAGUUCUAAGGAUCUUAAGUUACCUACCAAACUUUACCUACUUGUAAAUUGUAAUUUUUCUCCUUUUAAGCAUAUAUUUUAAUGAGAGGACUUGUUAGGCUUACUUCACAGCUUUAGAUCACGGUAAUGAUGGAACUUAUAUAGUUUUUGGAAAAAAAUUUCAUGUGAGGGAUGUAUGAGUUUUUGAAAUUCGUUUUUAUGUGAGGGAUGUAUUAUAAUGUUACUGCUUGCUUCUUUCAGUAGCAUGUCCUAUGUAUUCAAAAAACA